AUGGAAGAGCAGCAGCCCGAGCAUAACAGUCAGCGCGACUCCACCAUAGGCACUGCGAGCCACAGCAGCAGCAGCGGCAGCAGCGGCAGCAGCAGCGGCAGCAGCAGCAGCAGCAACAGCAACAGCAGCAGCAGCGGGAGCAGCAGCAGCGGCAGCGAUGGAGACAGCGUCCCAGUGUCCCCGCAGCAAGCUCCCUCCUCUCCUGCAGCACCCUGCCUCCAGCCCCUACCCCACCACCAUCACCACCACCACCACCACCACCACCACCAUCACCACCAGCCCCCGCCGCCGCCGCAGCCGAUGCCAGCGCCUCCUCACCAGCCUCCCCCACCGCCGCCGCCGCCGCCCCAGCAGCACCGCACCACCAACUUUUUCAUAGACAACAUCCUAAGGCCAGACUUUGGUUGCAAGAAGGAGCAGCAGCAGCAACAGCAGCUCUUGGUUGGAACGGGAGGAGGAGGAGGAGGAGGAGGAGGCCGGACGGAGAGAGACAGAGGCCAGACAGCCGCAGGUAGAGACCCGGCCAAUUCUCUGGGCACGAGGCCGGCCAACCCGGCCUCACUUCUCUGCCCGGCAGAUGCGAACUGUGUGACGCCCGACGGCUCCGCGCCGGCUCCGGCCGCGGCCGCUUCCAAAGCCAACCCAGCGGCGGCGGCGGCUGCUGCUGCCGCCGCCGCGGCGGCCGUGGCGGCUGCCGCAGCUGCAGCAGCGGCUGCGUCCAAGCCUUCGGAAGGCAGCGGGGGCAGUACUGCAGCAACUGGCGCUAAAUACGGGGAACAUGGGAACCCGGCUAUUCUACUCAUGGGCUCGGCCAACGGCGGGCCAGUGGUUAAAACUGACUCGCAGCAACCGCUAGUAUGGCCCGCUUGGGUCUACUGUACGCGUUAUUCAGAUCGCCCAUCUUCUGGUCCCCGCACCAGGAAGCUGAAGAAGAAGAAGAAUGAGAAGGAAGACAAGCGGCCGCGGACGGCGUUCACCGCAGAGCAGCUGCAGAGACUCAAGGCGGAGUUCCAGGCGAACCGCUACAUCACCGAGCAACGCCGGCAGACCCUGGCCCAGGAGCUCAGCCUCAACGAGUCCCAGAUCAAAAUCUGGUUCCAGAACAAACGGGCUAAGAUCAAGAAGGCCACAGGCAUUAAGAACGGCCUGGCUCUGCACCUCAUGGCCCAGGGACUUUACAACCAUUCCACGACCACGGUACAGGACAAAGAGGAGAGCGAGUAG